AUGAACAGUGAGACCACAUCCCUCCUUCCUGACCAUGAAAAGCUCCCCACCUAUCAUGCUCUGCCAACAAGGGUCAACCUGAAAUUCCCUCUGAAUAUCGCUCCAGAGAAAUAUCGCCCAUAUAUGGAGCUGAUUCGUCUCGACAAGCCCACGGGAACGAUCCUGAUGUUCUGGCCUUUUGCUUGGGGAUUGACCAUGGCGUCAUAUUCAAUGGCGCCAACAAUCGUGCUACGUUCCUACGCGUAUAAGCUCAUCGAAUGCCUCAUCGGGGCGUUUAUAGUGCGUAGCUCAGCUUGCACCGUCAACGAUAUAUUUGAUAUGAACAUGGAUGCUGGUGUCGAGCGAACGAAGAAUAGACCGCUUCCAAGUGGACGCAUCACCGUCCUCGCAGCGACCAUCUUCCUUCUGGUACAAUACGCGCUGGGAGUUCUAUUCUUCUAUCUCACGCUUGAUGGUCUAGCUUUUUACGCGGCCCUGUUUCAGCUUCUCCCACUAUUUGCGAUAUACCCUCUCCUCAAACGGGUAACGUACUGGCCUCAAGCGUGGCUGGGCUUCGCCAUGAACUUCGGAUUCGUAAUCGCCUAUGUGUCAACUACGAACACGCUCGAUUACGACAUCCUCUGCUGUGUCCUUGCUGGUUGUUGGUGUUGGACAAUGUUAUACGACACAAUAUAUGCCUGUCAAGAUAUCGUUGACGAUGUAAAAACUGGUGUGCUUUCCACCGCCAUUCUAUUCGGGACCUGGAUUAGGCCCAUGCUCGUUGGCUGCGCCAUGAUCUCUGUCACUAUGCUUUUCGUUGCAGGGUACCUGAAUCGACAAGACUGGGGUUUCUUUGUCUUUUCUAUUUGUGGAACUGCGACGCAUCUCGUUUGGCAAUUCAGCACCGUAGAACUGGAUAAACCGGAGAGCUGCUGGAGAAACUUCAAGCGCAAUGGCCAGCUUGGAUGGAUCGUUUGGGGUGGCCUUUUGAUUGAUUAUACAUCAAAGUCCACCACUGUUCUCUUUUCCUAA